GCAGAUAGAAUUGACCUACACGUUUCAUCAUUUUGCGAGGAGUUAUACUUCCUUUCUGUUUUGAUUUGUUUGGGUCGCAAAGUCAUGAUGUUGUCAAGGUAUGCAAAAGCAGCAUUUCGUUUGCCAAAAAUUUCUCGAAGUUUGAGUGCUUUAGCUGGACCUUCUGCAAAGUCGAAAGCUGUAUUUGAUCUAGAAGAUAAAUAUGGUGCUCAUAACUAUGGGCCUAUCCCAGUCGCUCUUGCCCGAGGCCAAGGAGUCUUUGUUUGGGAUGUUGACGGCAAGCGAUACUACGAUUUUCUCAGUGCCUACUCAGCUGUUAACCAGGGGCAUUGUCAUCCAAAGAUUGUUGGUGCUUUGAAAGAACAAGCCGACGUCCUGACACUUACUUCACGUGCAUUUUACAACGACCAGUUGGGACAGUAUGAAAAAUACGUCACAGACAUGUUCGGGUACGAUAAAGUACUGCCAAUGAACACUGGUGUUGAGGGUGGGGAAACAGCAGUUAAGCUUGCAAGAAAAUGGGCCUAUUUAGUUAAAGGUGUUCCUGACUGUCAAGCUAAAGUUGUCUUUGCGGAAAAUAAUUUCUGGGGAAGGACGUUAGCUGCCUGCUCAAGUUCUAGUGAUCCGUCAUGUUUUCAGGAUUACGGCCCGUACAUGCCAGGCUUUCAGUUGGUCCCCUACAACGAUUUGGCUGCUGUAGAGGAAGCUAUCAAAGACCCAAACACUGCUGCAUUCAUGGUUGAACCAAUUCAAGGAGAAGCUGGGGUAUUUGUACCUGAUGAUGGUUACCUGCAAGGGGUUCGUGACCUUUGUACCAAGUAUAAUGUACUGUUUAUUGCUGAUGAGGUUCAAACAGGAAUUGCACGAACAGGAAAGCUUCUUUGUUGUGAUCAUGAAAAUGUUAGGCCUGACGUUGUCAUUCUUGGCAAAGCCCUGUCAGGAGGUGUUUAUCCAGUUUCAGCCAUACUUGCAGAUGAUGAAGUCAUGUUAACAAUCAAACCAGGAGAGCAUGGCUCAACAUUUGGUGGAAAUCCAAUUGCUUGCAAAGUUGCAAUGGCUGCACUUGACGUGGUGAAAGAAGAGAAACUUGCUGAAAAUGCAGAGCGCCUUGGCAACAUCUUGCGUGCUGAGCUUGGCAAACUGCCGAAAGAUGUUGUAACCGACGUAAGAGGGAAGGGUCUGCUAAAUGCCAUUGUGAUCAAGGACACACCUGAUUAUGAUGCUUGGAAAAUAUGCUUACAAUUCCGCGAUAAUGGGUUGUUAGCCAAACCUACGCAUGGAGAUAAGAUCAGAUUUGCACCACCUCUCACCAUCACAGAAGAGCAGCUUAGAGAGUGUAUUGGCAUCAUAUCUGAAACCAUUAUGUCCUUCAAUUAGAGAUGUCUUACAAUGUUAAUGACCUCUAUUUAUUAACGUUUUAGUGGAUUUAGUUGCACUAGGCAAAAAAAUUGGCCCUUUUUUUGAGAAUCAUUAAAAGAAAAUUUAAAAUUUUGAGAAUCCUUUAGCUGACCAUACAUUCAACAAGGCGUAAAAUGAGGUAUUGUUUAAAUUCUUCAUACAAAUUAAACUAUACAAAUAAACAUUGAAAAGCUAGGAAUAUAUUUAUUAAUGCAUUUGUAGCUUUAAUAAAUUUGUCUCUUCUAGUAUCUUUUGAACGAAAGAUGAAAUAGGUUCUUGGCUAUUGUUAGACGAAGAAAUGUUAAGGAUAUUGUAUCUGGUAAAACUUGAAAAUUCAUUAACAUGUGUAUUUAUGGCAAUUGCAUUGUGUUUUGAAAUUGGAAAAUCGAUAUUACUGUAACCUGUACCAUUGUCGCUCUUUUAAGUUAAAAGUUUUUCAUGAGAAAUGAGAAAUGCUUUGUUGGAGGAAAAUAA